AUGAUAAAAUCAACUUUAUUUUUUCUUAUAUUGAUUCCUCAGUCAAGAAGUUAUAUUAGUAUAAAUUAAUACUUAAAGAUUUCAGAAAUUAAAUGGGAAUUAUAAAUUUAAUAUAAUUUCUACAUGAAUUCAAGAUUAUUUAAGAAAUUGCAUAUUUUAUAGUGUUUUCUACUUCUCCAAAUGGAUAUUAUGAUAAAUAUAGAAUAAUUAAUAAUUAAACUCAAGAUUUUAUGA